GUCCACAUUGAUCAACAAAGCAUCAUAUCAUAAUUAGUAGGAUUUAAUUAGUUAUUUGCCCUCGAAUUACCAAUUUAUUAGUAAAUGUGAAAUGAAGGUGUGACAGGUAUGUCUACAGACAGUUUAUUAGUUCGUAGAGAAGCUAGAAGACGGAAGAUAUUGGAAAACUCGGAAAACAGAUUAAAACGCAUCACAGGAAAAGAUGACACAGAAAAGACAGAAACUACUACUCAUCUUGAAGAAAAUGGAUUCGUUAGUUUUUCUGGUAACUUCAUAUCAAACGGAUCUGUUAAACAGCAACAAGAAACUGUUCCGUGUAGCAUUCCACCGAGAGCUUGGGUAGAAGAAUCUUACAAUGAGUCGUCAAUAUCAGAACAAUUUGAAUUCCUCUCCAGUACAAGUGGAUUGAUAGAGAAUGACAAACACUCUGCAAGCUAUUUGCCUAGCAACCUUGUAUACAUAUCCAUGGCUAUUUUGUUUCGUUUAUCCAUUGAACUUGACAGUCAUUUUAUAUGUGCCAACAAUCUGGUGAUUGCAUUUCUCCUGACAAAGCUUGCAGUCUGUAGUUUCUUCGGCCUGCCAAUCCCGGAAACGUCAAGGUUUCUCGGAAGUCUUCUCCUUUUAAGUGGCAUAUCAUCUCAGAAAAUCAAAAUAUUCACUUUAUUAAUAAGUGUCGUCUAUACAGGACUUCAUGAAUUUGCAUUAUGCAUUUUUGUAUUUGUUUUCUGUGAUCUACUCGUUAACUUCUACAAAACUAUUUUUUAUGAAUAAAGCUUAUAUUUUGUCUAAAA